UAUCCAGCAACCCAAACCAAUCCAGCGACCGGGGAGAGAGAGAGAGAGAGAGAGAGAGCGGGAGAUGCCUUCAUUAACGACCACUCGCCUUCGGCAAGCCAAACCAAUCCAUCGAUCGAAAAGCAGAACAAAUUGCAGAAGCUCGGACCACGCAACCUCUCUCUUUCUCGAUUCCUCUCUUCGUUUUCCCCCUUCCUCCCAACUCAAUAUCAUUAUUAGCUUAAGAUUGAUCGGUUCUCGUCUCCCUCUCUAUUCUUCCAUCUCGUUCUCAUAAAUCAAUCAUUUCUCUGCAAUGGGUUCUACCGAGGCUAUGGCGAAGAUGAAGGAAGUCAUCAAAUUGGAGCGAGAGUCGGUGAUCCCAAUCCUCAAGCCCAAGCUUGUCAUGAGGCUCUCAUACCUUAUAGAGCAACCUGCAGAUAGGACAGAUUUCAUGAAGCUGUGCAAACGCAUUGAGUACACAAUCCGGGCUUGGUAUCUACUGCAGUUUGAGGAUCUUAUGCAACUUUAUACCUUAUUCAACCCUGUUAAUGGUGCGGAAAAAUUGGAGCAACAAAACUUGAGCUCAGAUGAGAUUGAUGUUCUUGAGCAGAACUUCCUAACACACUUCUUUAAGGUAAUGGAAAAGAGCAAUUUCAAAAUAGUCACAAAUGAGGAGAUAGAUGUCGCACGAAAUGGGCAGUAUCUAUUAAAUCUACCUAUCACAGUAGAUGAAUCGAAGUUGGAUAAAAAUCUUUUCUCAAGGUAUUUCAAAGAGCAUCCUCAGAAAAAUCUCCCUGAAUUUUCUGAUAAGUACAUAGUCUUUCGACGAGGCAUUGGCAUUGACAAAACAACGGAUUACUUCUUCAUGGAAAAAUUGGAUAUGCUUGUAGCUCGUUUUUGGCAAUGGAUUCUCGGAGUUACUAAGCUGAAAAAGCUUUUGUCCAGAAAGACAAAAGUGAUGGAAAGUAGCGAGUCACAGGAACCUGAUGAAACAGUUGGUGAAACAGAAUUGCCGGACUUAUACGUAGAGCGCAUCCAGCUUAAAAAAAUGGAACUAAAUAUGCAAAAUUUGUUGGGAAAGAUCACAAUCCAGGAACCAACUUUUGAUAGGAUGAUUGUUGUCUACAGGAGAGCCAGCAGCGAUGAAAAGAAAGACAGAGGAAUCCAUGUAAAACAUUUUAGGAGCAUUCCUAUGGCUGAUAUGGAGCUGGUUUUGCCCGAAAAGAAGAAUCCAAGCCUGACCCCAAUGGAUUGGGUUAAAUUUUUGAGUUCUGUUGUCAUUGGACUAGUAACUCUGAUUAGCUCUCUUGAAAUGCCUAAAUCCGACAUUUGGGUUGUUAUAGCCAUCCUUUCUGGUGUGAUUGGCUAUUGUUCAAAGAUUUAUUUUUCGUUUCAACAAAACUUGGUGAAUUACCAAAAUUUAAUAACGAAAUCGGUCUAUGACAAGCAACUAGAUAGCGGUAGAGGCACACUUCUACACUUGUGCGAUGAUGUGAUCCAACAAGAAGUUAAAGAAGUGAUAGUGUCUUACUUUAUUUUAAUGGAGCAAGGGAAGGCAACAAUACAAGAUCUUGAUUUUCGAUGUGAAGAGCUCAUCAAGGAUGAGUUUGGUGUUCAGUGCAAUUUUGAUGUAGUAGAUGCUGUUCAAAAGCUGGAGAAGCUUGGACUAGUGACUCGAGACAUUAUUGGAAGAAUUGUGUGUGUUCCUCUGAGACGGGCCAAUGAUAUCAUUGGGGCCACCACAGAAGAACUAGUGAUGAAAGCAAGAAAAACUUCUGCGGCUUGAGCUGAAGUUGCCAGGUUUUAUUUUUCUUCCCUUUUAUGCUUCUCCUAUGCUUAUACAACCAAAAUGAUAUAUUUUCAGGUUUUCGGUUAACUGUGUCAGGCUUAUGAAUUUGAUGCAUAGGUCCUCCAGAAUGGCUUUAGCUUUUCUUUUCUUUCCUAAAUUCUUUCAUUAAAUGCCUUGUAAUAAUACAUUAUUUCCUUUUCUAUGUCUCUUGUGCUCUUCACAUUCUUUUAUUUACUGUUUUAAAUGAGCUUUCAUGUAUAGUCUAUAAUGAUGUCA